GUCCUGCCGCGGCCCACGGGAGGAUGGAGGCGCACAACGAGUCCGCCCCCUUCAACUUCACGCUGCCGCCCAACUUCGGCAAGCGCCCCACCGACCUGGCGCUCAGCGUCAUCCUGGUGAUCAUGCUGCUCACCAUCAUGCUCUCGCUGGGCUGCACCAUGGAGUUCAGCAAGAUCAAGGCUCACUUCCUGAAGCCCAAGGGGCUGGCCAUCGCCCUGGUGGCCCAGUAUGGCAUCAUGCCGCUCACCGCCUUCGUGCUGGGCAAGGUCUUCCGGAUGAACAACAUUGAAGCCUUGGCCAUCUUGGUCUGUGGCUGCUCACCCGGGGGGAACAUGUCCAAUCUCUUCAGUCUGGCCGUGAAAGGGGACAUGAACCUCAGCAUCGUGAUGACCACCUGCUCCACCUUCUUAGCCCUGGGGAUGAUGCCUCUCCUCCUGUACAUCUACAGCAGGGGCAUCUAUGAAGGGGACCUGAAGGACAAGGUGCCCUAUGGAGGCAUCAUGAUAUCACUGGUCAUGAUUCUCAUUCCUUGCACCAUAGGGAUCAUCCUCAAAUCCAAACGGCCACAGUAUGUACCGUAUGUCAUCAAGGUGGGGAUAAUCAUCACUUUCUCCAUCAGCAUAGCGGUUGCUGUCCUCUCUGCCAUCAAUGUGGGCAACAGCAUCAUGUAUGUCAUGACACCGUAUUUUCUGACCAUCUCUGCCCUGAUGCCUUUUAUUGGCUUCCUGCUGGGCUUCAUUCUCUCUGCUCUCUUCCGCCUUAGUGCACGGUGCAGCCGCACCAUCAGCAUGGAGACCGGAUUUCAAAAUGUUCAACUCUGUUCUACCAUCCUCAAUGUGACCUUUGCCCCUGAAGUCAUUGGACCGCUUUUCUUCUUUCCUCUCCUCUACAUGAUUUUCCAGCUCGCAGAAGGGCUUCUCAUCAUCGCUGUUUUUCGGUGCUAUGAGAAAAUCAAGCCUUCCGAAGACAAAACAAAAAUAAUCUACAAAGCUGCCACAACUGAAGAAAUUCCAGGAAAUCUGGGAAAUGGCACCACCAAAGGAGAGGAGUGCUCCCCGGGCACAGCCUAGUCUUUCCCCUGGUGGCCUGGACUCUGGUCAGACUGCAAUUCAGAAAAACGCGGUGGUUAAAUGCAGAGCAAAAACAAAAGGAACAGCUGUCUUGUCAGUUUUUCCCAGCACUCCAGUGUAUGGCACCAAUCAAGCCUUACCC